AUGGUGAACCUUUUCAAGCGGAUGCGGAAGCUGAAGACUAUACUCGACGUCCGAGUCGGCACCGGUGCCGCCAUCUUCCCGACCCUGGCCUCGGCCAACAAAGAAUUCCCAGCUGUCACCCGACUACACCUCACAUACGCGCAAAAGAUCUACGGCGGACACCAAGGCGCCCGGCAUUUCUGGCGCAGGUGCCUUCCACGACUGAAGUACCAUAACCCCGGAGUAAAGAUGACAGUACGACAAACAGAAGAGCAGGAAGGCCCAGCCGCAUUGACGAUCUACUUCGCGGAAAGGGUCGGCAGCACGGCGAACGCCAUCGCGGGCAAGAAUCAGAUCACCGACAAGCACGCACCGGCGCCGGAGGCCAGCGAGAGGACUGCCGUUGUGGACGUGAAGAACCUUACCUGGGAGGAGAUUUGGAGUCGUGUGCAGGCCUCGACGGGUGCGGAGGAGGUGCCUGCUACGGCUGAGGAUCAGGCGGAGCAGAAGAAGUUGCAGGCUAUUUCGGAGAAGGCUGUUAAGGACCGCGAGCGUAUACAGGCUAUGCGGCAGGCGAAGAGGGAUCAGGAGCGGAUGCUUGCUGAGGCGCGUGGUGAGGUGGAGAAGCUCAAGACGAUGUAA